GAAAUAGGUCUCUUUAAGCUUUCCUUAACAGUCUAUUCUUAGUUUCACUAUGAUGACGUUACCGUAACGACUAAAUAUAUCAUAGAAGAUUACCAGCAUUUCUUCUAUUGCUUAAAAUUAGAACAAGCCAAACAUUCAGUACGAAACGGUUCUCUUUUGAGAAAGAAUUCAAUUUAAACAGCUGCUGAGACAUGACUGGCGAUGUAAUUGUAUUAAAAUUUAUAAUGACAAAGAUAACGACCCACAGCUUACAACCAGAUUACAAACACCCGUAGUUGAGAAUUGAGAUUAGACUCACAGUAGUUUGUCGUGUGCUGGGCUAUGAGGGUGUGAAUAUUGUAUUGUAAACAAGUGCGGUUGUAAACAUGGAUACAUGUGUCAAAAUUUUUAGUUCAAUUUCAAACGCGUUGGGUAUAGAGUGGGCUCCCCUCAAUGUACCAACGUCAAGACGCCUCGAAACAUUAGCUGCAGCAGCUUGGAUCUGUCUCGUGUUAUUCGGUGAAGCAGCUUGUAUCUUAUUAUUCGUACAGCUUGUGUACUCCUCAUAUUGGUAUCUAGUACUUUUAUAUGGCAUUUGGAUGUUGAAUGACCUUGAAAUAUGCAACAAGGGAGGAAGAACUAUAGAAUGGUUCAGAAGUUGCGCGUGGUGGGUAUAUUAUCGCGACUAUUUUCCCAUUAAACUCGUCAAAACCACAGAUUUGGAUCCUUCGAGAAACUAUCUAUUUGCCUGCUUCCCACAUGGUGUUGUCUGUUCCGGAGCUUUCGGUGCUUUUGCCACUAAUGCUCUAGAAUUCUAUAAAGUAUUUCCUGGAAUGACUUGCAAUAUGAUCACACUCGGAGGACAUUUCCGUGUACCGUUCUUUAGAGAUUUAGUGCUGGCGUUAGGUUGCUGUGCAUCUUCACAAGAAAGUUUACUAUAUCUUUUGGAUAAAAAGAACUAUAAAGGGAAAUGCGUUGCUUUGAUUGUUGGCGGAGCUGCGGAGGCGUUGGAUUCGCACCCGGGCGAAUAUAAAGUCAUUCUGAGUAGGAGAAAGGGUUUUAUUAGAAUUGCUAUGAAAUCAGGCGCUCCUUUAGUUCCAGUGUUUUCAUUCGGUGAAACAGACGUAUUCAGACCACUAGACAAUCCACAGGAUAGUCUUUUGCGAAAAUUCCAAGAGAAAGUGCGACAACUAACUGGAAUAUCGCCCAUGUUCCCAAUAGGACGCGGCGUUUUCCAAUACUCAUUUGGUGUACUCCCUUUACGAUCACCCAUUACUACAGUUGUUGGUAAACCAAUGGAAAUAGUGAAAAACUUGGAUCCAACUGAUGAAGAGGUCGAUGACAUCCACAAGGAAUUUAUUAGAAGACUGAUUGAACUUUUUGAAACUGAGAAAUCGAAAUAUUUAAAGAACCAUGAAAAAGUAAAUCUAGUCAUAACCUAAUUUAAACCGAUCAGUUUGUUUGAUAUAAAUUGUGCACUGUCAAUUAGUAUUUAGUAGUAGGUAAUUAUAGGGAAUUAUUAUACAGGAAUUAAAUAGCUAUUAUUUCUUUAAUAAUUAAAUAAUUUUUUCAAUAAAUUUACAAGCGGUAAAUGAUACGAUCAAUAUACUAAAUAAAUUUAUUGAGGAACAUUUUUAAAAAAGUUAAUAUUAUAAAAAUUCAUUGCGAACAACGUUGCCUUCGCGCAAAUAAUUUUAUGGUUUUAAAAUUGUUUUUCGAACUUUUCAUUACUGCAUUACACACCAAUACUUAUUCUUCAUUCAUCACACCAAAGGCUGAUAUAAUGUUUUAUAAAAGUAAAAGGUGUUAAAUAAAAAUAGUUCAUUAUUUUUACAUUUUUUAUUUAUUUUUAAUAUUUACAUUUUAUGUACAUCAUUAACAAUAUAUAACACGCGCGCAAACGCUUCAACUUGUUGGAGCAUCAUUUGUGCAUCUCUAGGGUAACCUUUUGAAAAAGUUUCUCAUGUGUCCCUUAUAUUAUUGUAAUAAAACAUGUCUUUUCUAUUUAUUUAUUUAUUUAUUUUGAAGCCGGCGAUGCAAUCUUGAUGUACUCAAUAUUA